GACACUUGACGCAUGGCGCAGUUUACCCCGGAUACCAGCGGUUUCACAUCCCGGGUAUCUCCCUCCCUCCUGCUCCUCCUUCACCCGCUCCGCCUCCCUUCCUGCGCUCUCCACCACCGGGGAGGUCCGUAGGCUGCCGAGCUAACUCCCGAAACCCGGGCCCCUGAAGUUUGCGUGCGGCACCGGGAAGAGAAGGUCCCGCUUGCCCCGCACAGCCGCUUGCACAUGACGCGGGCUCCGCUGAUGUUCGUACCCGGAGCCGAGCGCUCCCCUACGGUGCGACAUCUCGGCGCUACCGUGAGCUAACAACAUCGAUCUUCGCUGCUGCUUCCACCGCCCCCUCUCUGCCUCUGGUCGACCCCGCUACCAAUCUGUCACAUCGAGCGCUGAUUGAUUAGCUGGCUCUGGAGCUCCGGGGGCAUCCCUCCUAUCAUCGUCCAUCAUCUGGUGCAAGAAUCCCGAUCAGAAGCCCCCUUUUCCCUGCUUCUCUUCUGCCUUUUUAGGGUYCGCCUCCUCUCUACCUCAGCACCCCCGAUGCCGCCUGGUCCAUAUCUCUGUGUGUAGCACCAUCAUCUCCUACUUCUAUUAUAAACCUUCGUCGGGUGUGUUGCCUUUAAUAAUCCGAUCAAGAAGCGCUUCAAGGCGGCUACAGCCUGCGACAACCUCCGCGGACAUCUCUGGUCCUCAAGUCUGAUUUUUUUCCCCCUCCUCUCUGCAAACCAGCUGGCUGGCGUGUUCCACUUUCCUCCCACACGCAGCUGCCCCAACGUUCCUUAAAUCCUCACCAGCCUCCCAGAGUCGGUCCAACCAUCCACACCGCGGCAGGCCUCCGUGACGCCCGCCCCGCGGCGUCCGAGCCACGGGUCCCACCAUGCCGGGUCCAGUGGCCGGGAGCAAGGCCCGUGUGUACGCAGACGUCAACACCCUGAAGAGCCGGGAGUACUGGGACUACGAGGCCCAUGUUCCAAACUGGAACAACCAGGAGGACUACCAGCUGGUCCGUAAGCUGGGCAGAGGGAAGUACAGCGAGGUGUUCGAGGCUAUCAACAUCACUAACAAUGAGAAGGUUGUGGUCAAGAUCCUCAAGCCUGUCAAGAAAAAGAAGAUCAAGCGAGAGAUAAAGAUCCUGGAAAACCUGCGAGGGGGCACCAACAUAAUCCGCCUCGUGGACACAGUCAAAGACCCGGUGUCGAGGACUCCGGCACUCGUGUUUGAAUCCAUCAAUAACACAGACUUUAAGGAGUUGUACCAGAAGUUGACAGAUUAUGACAUUCGUUUCUACAUGUACGAACUACUGAAGGCUCUGGACUACUGUCACAGUAUGGGAAUCAUGCACCGCGACGUCAAACCUCACAACGUGAUGAUCGACCACCAGUUAAGAAAGCUACGCCUUAUAGACUGGGGGCUGGCAGAGUUUUACCACCCGUCCCAGGAGUACAACGUCAGAGUGGCCUCUCGAUACUUUAAAGGCCCCGAACUUCUGGUGGACUACCAGAUGUAUGACUACAGUUUAGACAUGUGGAGUCUGGGAUGCAUGCUGGCCAGCAUGAUCUUUCAGAAAGAACCAUUCUUCCACGGACAAGACAAUUACGACCAGCUGGUGAGAAUUGCCAAAGUGCUGGGGACCGACGAGCUGUUCGGUUACCUGCGGAAAUAUCACAUCGAACUGGACCCACGCUUCAAAGACCUGCUAGGACAGCAGAGCAGGAAGCGAUGGGAACAGUUUGUGCAGACUGAGAACCAGCAUUUAGUGAGUCCUGAAGCUCUGGACCUGCUGGAUAAGCUGCUCCGCUACGACCACCAACAGAGGCUGACAGCCACCGAGGCCAUGGAGCACCCCUACUUCUAUCCUGUAGUAAAGGAGCAGUCUCUAUCAAACUCUGACAACAACAUGGUUUCUAGUGGCAACACUACAGCACGAUGAAAGGAGUGGAAGGAAGAUGGAUGUCUGUUACCUCAACUUUGUAACCGCUUGUGUCAGAAACUUUGACGAAGUGUACAGCAACAAAUGGCUCAAAGCGACUCGGACCAGUUUACACAUUCACAGAAACGUUCACACGGACAAAACGUCAAUGCAAGCACACGUCUCCAAACACAAACAGAUGCAGAAACAAACACAAAAAAACCGCCCUCCUCCUCCUCCA